CUACUAUAGUCUAUAGAUGAUGUAAGCUGCAAAUAUUCCUCUCCUCAAGUCAAGCUCCUGUUACGAGCCCUCCUUGAGGAUUGUCUAUCGUCGCUGCGGUUCACUUGCAGCAUCUAACUGUCUGUUGUAAUGGGUGGUCGUGGCGUCCUUCUCACCUCAAAUCUCCCUCAGCUGCAAAACCUCAUCAAACGUGACCCAGCGGCGUACAAGGAAGAGUUCCUACAGCAAUGGAACCACUACGACAGUAUCAGACAGAUAUUUCAGAUAAAUCCUGAUGAACAGGCUCAGCAUUUUCGUGAACUAGUCUCAUUUAUAUCUCAAGUCGCACAAUGUUAUCCCAAGGAAACCAAAGACUUUCCAUCCCAUCUGUCUACCCUUCUCCUCGAAAACUAUGGUACCCUCAUGCCCGAUACCAGAAAGACUCUCGUUCAAAACCUUGUUAUGUUGCGCAACAAGGAUGUCAUUACAUCCAUCGAGCUCCUUAAGUCCCUUUUCCCUCUCCUCCCUCGUACAACUUCCUCCAACUUGCGAGCCUUUAUCUGCAAAACUAUUCUCUCCGAUAUCCGUACUGCCAAUCUCCGAACCAAAAAUCACAAACUGAACCGUGCUGUGCAAGCCAUGCUUUUCACCAUGGUCGAACGGGGAAUGGAUGCUGAAGUUGUUGGGGAUAAAGGAAGGCUCAGAUCCGCAGGUCCCACAAGUGAUAAAACCGCCAAUAAUGGGGAGGAGGCUAUGUGGGCAGUGAUAUUGACAAAGGAAUUGUGGCGAAAGAGAAUAUGGACUGACGCCAAGCCUGUGUCUAUUGUUGCGCUUGGAUGCUUCCAUCCUGUGAUGAAGGUACAGAGUGCUUCCAUUCACUUCUUUCUAGGCAGUGACGACGAAAAAGAAGACAUUGAUGACGAGGAAGAUGAGAAAAAGUAUAACAAAAAUACCUCCACGACACCGAAUUUCCCGGCACUCCAACUUCUCAAUGACCCACAGACAUUUUCUGAGAAGCUGUAUGACAACCUAAGUCGCUAUGACAAACGUUUUUCACUUGAACAUAAAAUUCUCAUCAUGCAACUCCUCUCGCGGGUGAUGGGCGCUCAUAAACUUUGCGUCCUAAGCUUCUAUACCUACAUUGUCAAAUACCUCGCUUACCACCAACUUCGUGUCCCAUCCAUCCUCGUUGCGCUGGCGCAGUCUGUUCACGAUCUCACGCCACCAGAUGCUUUGACCCCGGUUGUGCAGAAACUUGCAGCCGAAUUUGUGCAUCCUGGAGUAGGAAGCGAGGUAAUUGCUGCGGGAAUCAACUCAAUUAGGGAGGUUUGUAGACGACAACCAUGGGCAAUGGAGGAAGAUCUGUUGGGUGAUCUUGUAGAGUACAGGAGAAGUCGAGACAAGGCGGUUACAGCUGCUGCAAGAGGAUUGUUGCAGUUGUAUCGCGAGGUGAACCCUGGUAUGCUCAAACGCCGGGAGAGAGGAAAAGAUGCCAGUAUAAGUAUGAGCAAAGGUGGUCAACCACUGCCGUUUGGACACAGUGCGGAUGCUGCAGUUGACAUCGAAGGAUUAAUGCUUCUGGAAGACCACCUGCAGAAACUUCGCGAAGGGGAGAUGAGCGAUGCCGAUAAUAAUGGCGAGGACGAUGAAGCAGCCGCUUGGGAAGGCUGGGAUGUUGAAACCGAUUCAGAUUCGGAAUCCGAGUCUGAAGGAUGGAUAGAUGUCGACUCCGAAGGCGACGACAACGUGGAAGUUAGUGAUAGUGAAGACGAGCGGGAGUCAGCUCACAAACCGCCUGGGGGGACAGAAUCAGAGACCGAUCCAAACCCCAAUCGAAUCUCAACCCUGGCAACCACUAAAAUCCUUACGCCCGCAGACUUCGCAUUACUGAAUGACCUGCGUAUACAGGCUGCUACAAAAGCUAUUGAAUCAGGUGGUGGUUCCAGGGCAAAACGGAAGCUGACAACCCUUGAAGCAAACAAGAAGGCUAUGCAGGCUGGGCCAUCUGAUGGCACAUUCAUUUCUGAGAACGACAUCCUCGGUCCGCGUAAAAAGGCUAAAGCUGACUACGCGGAACGCAUAGCGAGUAUUGAAAAGGGUCGGGAAGGACGGGAAAAGUACGGCUCGUUGAAGGGUAAGAAAAAUAAAGAGUCUCCAAGCAGCUCCACAAAUCGCGAGAAGGCAAGGAAUAAGCCGAUCAUGAUGAUAUUGAGUAGCGGUGCGGUACGGGGAAAGAAGAAGGCGUCCUUGAGGGAGAAGCAGCAGAAGUUGAGGGCACACAUCGAACGUGCAAAAAAAUCGUAUCACUAGCACUCUAGUUUUGUUCAAUCUUACAUGUCGCUAGUCUGAAUGCUGGACAUGCAACAAUAU